CAAAUUGAACUGCCGAGUUUAGCACUAAGCAGUUCAAUUUAAACUGCUCUGCACUGAUGAGUCAAAGACGAAACGUAAAAAUAAUGAAAACGGUUAUGUGCCCUAGCACAAAAUUUGGCUAACCCCUGAAUGACCAUACCUGCAUCGGCCAGAAAUAGUCGAAAACACGUUUUCGUUCGGCACGUCAGAAAAGACAUUGCACUUCGUUGCAAAACAAAAAGUGUUCUGUAAGUAGCAGAAACUUUACGUCUGCUUAGCGGUUCAAAUUGAACUGCCGAGUUUAGCACUAAGCAGUUCAAUUUGAACUGCUCUGCACUGAUGAGUCAAAGACGAAACGUAAAAAUAAUGAAAACGGUUAUGUGCCCUAGCACAAAAUUUGGCUAACCCCUGAAUGACCAUACCUGCAUCGGCCAGAAAUAGUCGAAAACACGUUUUCGUUCGGCACGUCAGAAAAGACAUUGCACUUCGUUGCAAAACAAAAAGUGUUCUGUAAGUAGCAGAAACUUUACGUCUGCUUAGCGGUUCAAAUUGAACUGCCGAGUUUAGCACUAAGCAGUUCAAUUUGAACUGCUCUGCACUGAUGAGUCAAAGACGAAACGUAAAAAUAAUGAAAACGGUUAUGUGCCCUAGCACAAAAUUUGGCUAACCCCUGAAUGAAGGAUAGGGCGCUUCAGCAAGUGCUAUCGUAGCCAACAUCUGGGGCAUUUGGUGGGCAAUCAGAACACUCAGAGUAUGGUAAACAAACAUUCGAGCAUUACAAAUCGAGUAAAAUCUUAAUCUCCUUAUCGUAGUGAUGAUAUUCUGAUCGAUAGUUUGCGGAAAAGUGCGGUAAAGGGUACUGAAUAAACAAGUAGUUUGUAAUAUCCAAUUUUUUGUUAGCCAUUCUUCUUCAUUGUUUUGGUUUUUGCAGAAUGAUGCUGGCCACAGUUUCAUGACGUCAUAGCUGGAGGCUGGUUUAAAUCACGACGUAAAAUACACUGGUGGCGUGAUAAGACAGUUUUGGUUGUGUUGGUAAUUUUCUCAUAAAAUUAAGUAUGGCGCGCCGGGAUUCAAGCAUGUAAACAUAAACAAACGACCACUUCAGAACGGGAUUUCACUUCUAAGUUACUCCAGUUGUCGCGCAGCCUGGCGAAUCUUUGGCACUAAUUGAAAAUCUGAACAUUUUUUCUUCAAGGGCUUGCAAGGUAACGUCGAAACAUAGAAAAUUUUACACACAUCCGAUUCUAUUCAUUUCGUUGGAGGCAGGAUUUGGCGGAUCGCACUGUGGUAUCUAUUACAGUUAUCAUGGAUAAUGGUGUGAUUGUGCUGUGGGUGGCAUUUCAAAUGCAGGUGAUGAAAACGAUUGAAACAUCCCGGAACAAAACACCGCAUUUCACUGUCAAUAUUUUCGCAAACAGAACCAACUCUAAAUAUUUUCAUAAAAGCAACUCCCGGAACGUCAUUUGUUUAUGUUUUUUCUUCUUCACUUCUCUCUGUUAUUCCAAAAUAAAAUGACAACCGCACUAACACAUAGAAAAACGUGAUCACCAGGGUAUUUUACAUCGUGGGUUUAAAUGGUUUAAAUUAAACUUUAAGCGAAGUACUGUUCAGGGAUGUCAGGUUCACAGACUAAUCUGUGUUUCACAGAUUUUGAAUUUUCUGCACAGAUUUUUAAAAUGACACAGAUUUUCACAGAUUUUUGAAAAUGAUCACAGAUUUUCACAGAUUCUUGAAUAAAUCACAGAUUUUGGAAAUCGAGCUUUUUUUUUGCUCACUAAAUUGAAUUCGAUCAGCUAUAAUGGUUCGAGAAAUGGGUAGUGAGACCUUUUUUUUGCUCACCAAAUUGAUUUUGAACUGCUAUUGGAGUACGGAAAACGGUCACAGAUUUUCACAGACAGGUUUUGGAUUUGAUCACAGAUAUUUGAAAAAAUGACCUGGCAUCCCUGGUACUGUUUGUAAAUAGUGGAGAGCACGUUCAGCGGGUUCGUAGUGGAUAAUUUCCCUGUAAUAAUUGUAAAGUUUUCAAAGAGAAAAUGUUGCGCUCAUUGCUAGUGGCUCGCAACCUAUUGAUGGAUUCUACUUUGCAUCAAAGAUCGAUUCAGAUUAAAGAGUUAGGCAUGCGAUACAAACCAUUAGCAUAUUGCAUACAGCAUUACACAAAUCUACCGAAUCAUAAUAAAUCAAUAAGCGAAAGAGAAGAAGAUCAUUCUUCUUCGACAGCUGAUAACGAGAAAAGGCGAAAAAUUCUCGAACUUGAGUUAGAUGUGAUGCGACAGGAAGGUCGCAAAGUUCCAACACCAAGUAAAAUCAAAGAUGACCACUGGCAGCAUCUACUGCAGCUCAACUCGCGCAAUCAACGGAGGCAGUUCUACCUUUAUUUGUGGAAUAUUGAAAUAUCGAAAGAAAAUACACGUCUAAAAAAGGAACGGAAAAAGCAGGAGAUUGCUCAACGAAAGGAAGAACUCACACAGGCUAAUGCAGAAAAUAAUCAUAUUAUUUAUGGUUUGUUUCAUAACACCAUGUUCCUUCGGAUAUACGAUUCGGCAAUGGAUCAUUUCCACAACAAUAAAUUAAUUCAAGCAAUGCGUUUCGGGCAAAAUCUUGUUUUCGAUUGUUCUUAUGACGAAUAUAUGAACGAGAAAGAAAUGCGAAAUACUGCCAAACAGCUAAUGUUGUGCUUUGCGAUCAACCGACUUCAUAACGAGCCAUUCAACAUUCAUCAUUGUAAUGCGGAUUUCAGUCGGACAACAAUGAAAGCCUUAGAAAAACAUUUGGUUCACGUACACGAACCGUCUUUCCCAUUCAACAUAACGGAGAAAAGCUAUUUAGAUUUGUUUCCACGGGAGCAGCUGGUUUAUCUAACGCCACACUGCAAGAAUGAUCUAGAAGCCUUCAGCCCGGACGAUGUGUAUAUCGUCGGAGCGAUGGUGGACAAAUCUUCCCAGGACAAUAUUUCCUUGGGCAAAGCGAAAAAGCUAGGACUACGGAUGGCUCGUCUUCCGCUGGAUGACCACUUUCUGUUUAAAGGUGGUAAGUCGCUCACGAUUGAUCAGAUGCUGCUCAUCAUGCUCGAGUUGAAAACAUCCAAAAAUUUCGACAAAGCCUUCGAACAUGUUCCGAAGCGGAAAAUAGUUUCGUUGGACGAGGAGCAGAUGCAAACGCAGCAGAGACUAAAGCAGCUCAACACGAUGGGUAAAUUUAAAUUCAGUAGGGAUAGUUUUUCGGAUCGAAAGUUUAGGAAACGAUAAAUGAGAUAUAAUAAAAUGUUUCGUUAGAUAUAUUAUCCGUAUGCGCA